AUGGAGGAGCUGAUCCCAAUCUUGCUGCAGUAUGUCAGAAGCCGCCAGAAAACUAGUGGAUUUGUAGUGUUGAUUGCUCACAACGCUCGUACUUUUGAUGUUCCCUUUUUGAAUAAUGAAUUCUCUCGCCACUCAUUUGAGGUUCCUUCAGAUUGGCUGUUUCUGGACACACUUCCUCUGGCACGUGAAGCAAUGAAGUUGGGAGGAUCGAAGGUUCCUGCAAAAACAUCUUUGCAAGCCCUCCGUGAGUGUUAUGAAAUCCCAUUAGUUGGUCCAGCUCACCGAGCCAUGUCAGAUGUGGACGCAUUAGCAUUGAUUCUGCAAAGGCUGACUUUUGACCUGAAACUGCCAAUCUCUGGCCUUGUUGAAAAAACCUUUAGAGCCUCAGACUCCAGUAACCCAAAGAAGAAGAAGUUGUUUUGA